AAUGGCGGAUGACAGCGCGACGGCUCUUUUUAAGUAUUAAACCUUGGUUAAACAGGACUUAUUUAACAAUACCUGAAUAAAUUGUUAACUUGUUGAAGGUUUAAACAAGAAAACAGUUGUCACAGCGUUUGAAACCUUUUUUGUGAUCUCCAUCAUGCCUUAGCCGGCCAAGCUAACGGCAACGAAUUUACCUCAGUCUGUUAACCCCGCCCACUUUACAUUACUAAUUCAGUUCCCUUUCCUGAUCUGCGUUUUGCCGUGUAGUAGGUUCAAGAUUUUGGAAUUAAAUGUACCGAGGCUGUUCUCUCUGGUGAAAUCACAGGACACACAGGUGGUUCAGUGCUGUUCCCCUGCUCCUGCUCUGGCCUGAACACCAAACCUCAGGAAUUCACCUGGGAGACCUUCGGAACAGGACGUCUGACAGAAAUGUUAAAUGAUGAACACUACCGUGGCAGACUUCAGCUGUUUAAUCACAUUUCUCCUGCUAAUCUGUCUCUGUUCAUAUCUGACCUGAGAGAAGAGGAUCAGGGAGACUACAGGUGCAGCACUGAGAAGGAACACAGAGACAUCUGGCUUUAUGUUAAAGGCUGUGAGCUGGUGAAGAAGACAGGUGUAGAGGGUGUGACUGGGUUCACAGGAGAGUCUGUAGUUCUGCCCUGCGUCUGCACUGACCUACAGGACAAACCAAAGUCUGUAAAAUGGCAGUUUAAUAGAAUCAAUCACUUUCAGGAAAUUUACCCUGAACAGACUGGACGUCACAGAAACAGAGUCAAACUGGUCAGUAACAACGCUCCAGGAAACCUCUCUCUACUCAUAUCAGACCUGACUGAAGAGGACCAGGGACUCUACAGAUGUUCUGUACAGGACGAUAACAGAGAUGUCAGAUUAUCUGUUAAAGGAAGAAGAGAAACUUCAACACACUCGAGGAAAACAGACACAACACGUCCAUCAGAACCGCCUCAGAGUACAACAACAAACUCUCCACCUGCAUCAUCCUCAACAACACUGGAACAAGAUAAACAGCAAACACACAGCAGCCUCCCUCUAGGAAGAAGAGAAACUUCAACACACUUGAGGAAAACAGACACAACACCUUCAUUAGAACCACCUCAGAGUAAAACAACAAACUCUUCACCUGCAUCAUCCUCAACAGCACUGGAACAAGAUAAACAGCAAACACACAGCAGCCUCCCUCUAGUUUUCGGCAUUCUGGCAGUUUUCCUGUUGGUGAUACCUGGAGUAGUGGCAUUUAUUUGUUGGAGACGCAAAGGAGGAAGAUGUGGAGAGAACGUGAUCACUGAAGGACGUCCGGACUGUAAGAGAAAGCAGAAGGAUCAGACUGAACCUGAUGUUACUUACUCUACUGUAACCCACGUGAACACAGCCGGAGCAGCACGGGUCCAGAUCAACGCUGGACACAAAACUGAAUAUGCCAGCAUUCUAACAAACUAAUCCACAGUAAAUAUCUAGAAUAAUACUGAAUACAUGCAGUAUAUUAAAUACACACCAUAGUAAGCACAGGAUUCACAGUAUUGGCUUUGUUUAUUUUACUGUGGCUUUUUUUUUUAUUAUUAUUUGACCAUUAAUAGCAAAUUUAAUCAUAUUUGUGUGCUGAUGGAUAAUCCUGCAAAUUAUAUUUUUAAUGUUUGUGUCA